UGAAGAGGCCUUGCAUGCUUUCAGCGAGAUGCAAUGGGAGACAUGUGCAGAUGAGUUCACAUUCAGCACGAUAUUGGCUGCUUGUGCGAAUAUCUUCAUGCUCGAACACGGGAAGGAAAUCCAUGGCUACAUGAUCAGAAAUGGCUUCGAGAUGGAUGUCAUUAUCAGAGGGGCAUUGGUUGACAUGUACUCCAAAUGCCGGUUGAUAGAGUAUGGCAUCAAAGUUUUUGAAAUGGAGAGUUCACGGGAUAUAGUCCUCUGGAAUUCGAUGAUUUUAGGAUGUGCUUAUAAUGGGAGGGGUGAGUAUGGUCUUGAACUAUUUGAAGCGAUGCGGAAAGAUGGGAUUAGGGCAGACAAUGUCACUCUCAUUGGCAUUCUACUUGCUUGUAUCAGUGAGGGCUAUGUCAAUUUGGGUCGACGGUAUUUUGAUUCGAUGACUGAAGAGUAUGGUAUCAUACCUCGGGUUGAGCAUUACGAAUGUAUGAUUGAACUAUUAGGCAAGCAUGGCUUCAUGGUUGAACUCGAGGAUUUCGUCGAACACAUGCCAUUCGAGCCGACCAUCCCAAUGUGGACAAGAAUCUUUGACUGUUGCCGAGAACACGGGAACAGAAAACUAGGAGAAAGGGCUGCAAGAUGCAUCAGUGAAUCAAACCCCUUGAAUCCAGUUCAGUUUGAGGUCCUUUCUCCAGAGUCUUCUGACUGCACUUAACAAGUGAUGAAGCUAGUUUACAUCAAUUACAGAGUGUAGGCGUCAAAAGGUCUCAAAUGUGGAUGAAUGAUGUGAUCAUAUGGAUCCUUUUGCAAACUACCCCGGCAUGGCAAUGGCUGUUUGGUGACUGAUGAAUCAAGCUGUGGCUUCACAAGGUUGGAAGGGGUUCACAAAUCGAGCAAAUACAAUUGCAAGCAGCAUUAUCUGCUUGUGUUGCCCAUGGGGAGGCUCUGCGUUAUUAUUCGGAGAAAGGUGAUCAAUGGUAAAGCAUGAAAUUUUGGUUCUUGCUUUACAAUUGCAACGAGGAGGCUAGUGUGAAUAAACACUAUCCAUACUAUGGUACUCGUGCUUUUACAUUUGACCGUUGGAGCUCAAAUUAGUGAAGAAAACAAGAAUUACACCACCACAAACAUGGGUGAUGCGUCAAAUUUGUAGCAACGCAGCAUCUAUGAAAUGUAUCAUGAUAAAUUGCUGACAAGAUUUCAAAUAUGAAGAAGGGAUCUCAUUAAAUUCCUAGUGGCUUAUCAGUCCUGGAGUUGA